AUGGACCAACUACCUCACAACGAUGUCAUUACAUACCAGAGUAUGAACCAACCACCUCACAACGAUGUCAUUACAUACCAGGGUAUGAACCAACCACCUUACAACGAUGUCAUUACAUACCAGGGUAUGGAUCAACCACCUCACAACAAUGUCAUUACAUACCAGGGUAUGGAUCAACCACCUCACAACAAUGUCAUUACAUACCAGGGUAUGGAUCAACCACCUCACAACAAUGUCAUUACGUGUGAGGGUUUGGUCCAACCACUUCACAACGAUGUCAUUACAUACCAAGGUUUGGACCAACCACCUCACAACAAUGUCAUUACGUGUGAUGGUAUGGACCAACCACCUUACAACAAUGUCAUUACAUAUCAGGGUAUGGACCAACCACCUCACAAUGAUGUCAUUACAUACCAGGGUAUGGACCAGCCACCUCACAACGAUGUUAUUACGUGUGAGGGUUUGGAUCAAUCACCUCACAACAAUGUCAUUACAUACCAGGGUAUGGACCAACCACCUCACAACAAUGUCAUUACAUACCAAGGCUUGGACCAACCACCUCUCAACAACGUCAUUCCAUACCAAGGCUUGGACCAACCACCUCACAACGAUGUCAUUACAUACCGGGGUAUGGACCAACAACUUCACAGCGAUGUCAUUACAUACAAGGGUAUGGACCAACAACUUCACAACGAUGUCAUUAUGAUGUCUCUACUAACAGGGUUUGGAACAACCAGAGACGUCGCUAGGUGCUUAAAAGAUUCGAGCCCAUAA